AUGAGCAUCUCAAAGCUCGCGGAAUUCGGCACUCGCCAUGUCGCCAAAGGCAUUGGCAGACUGGCAACCGAAGUGAUCGAAAGCGGUAGCGGCAGCUAUGUGACGAUGGUGAGCGGACGCAAAAUGCUCGAUUUCACGUCUGGCAUCGGCGUCGCAAAUCUCGGACACUGCCACCCCGCGGUCACCAAGGCCGCUCAGACACAAGCGGGGAAAAUGGUGCAUGCGCAGGUGAACAUCGCUUUCCAGAGACCAUAUCUCGAACUCAUCCAGUCGCUCUUGCCAUUGAUGCCGCACAAAUCCCUCGAUACUUUCUUCUUCUGGAAUUCCGGGUCCGAAGCUGUUGAGGCCGCGGUGAAGCUCGCCAGGCAUGCCACCAAGAAGCAGAACAUCAUUGUGAUGCAGGGAUCGUACCAUGGACGGACAUUUGGAACCAUGGCCAUGACGCGGUCGAAGACGGUCUAUGGCGAGAACUACGCGCCACUCAUGCCCGGGGUGUUCUCUGUGCCUUUCCCCUACUGCGCUCAGUGCUCCAUUGCCACGCGCUGUGACGGAAAGUAUGGCCCUGAGAACUGCUGCAUGGACCCUGUGGAUCAAUUGGAACUCCUCCUCAAACGAGAGACUGCUCCCUCAGACACGGCAGCUAUCUUCAUAGAGCCAGUGCUCGGUGAAGGUGGCUAUGUCCCCGCACCACCUGGCUACUUGAAGCGUGUGCGUGAAAUCUGUGACAAGAACAAUAUCCUUCUGGUGGCAGACGAGGUUCAAUCAGGCUUUGGACGAACCGGCAAAAUGUUCGCCAUCGAGCAUUAUGACGUCCGGCCGGAUAUCUUGGUGGUGGCCAAAGGUAUUGCCAACGGCUUCCCACUAUCUGGUAUUGUUUCUCGCAAAGAAUUGAUGGAUACCCAAAAGCCAGGCUCGAUGGGUGGCACUUACGCUGGAAACGCCGUAUCAUGUGCUGCCGGAAUUGCAGUGGCAAAGGCAUUCCAGGACGAGAAGAUCCUGGAGAAUGUCAAUGCCCGUAGCAAAGAAUUGAGUGGCAUGCUUCAAAAAGCCAAAGCUGACCAUCCUGACAUGGUCUACGAUGUGAGAGGAUUGGGGUUGAUGCUCGCCGUCGAAUUUGUAGGCGGAAAGGGCUAUGCUGCAAAGGUCCAGGCGAAGUGUAUGGAGAAAGACAUGCUGAUCUUGACGACAUCUAUUUAUGAUACCUUGAGGUUCAUCCCAGCCUUGAACAUAACCCAGGAAGACAUGGCGAGAGGUUGUAAAAUCAUCCAAGAAUCCAUUGCGGAGGUCGCGGCUAGCUAA